AUGUCUAAAGCUGUUGGUAUUGAUUUAGGUACUACCUAUUCUUGUGUUGCUCACUUCGCUAACGAUCGUGUCGAAAUUAUCGCCAACGAUCAAGGUAACAGAACCACUCCUUCUUAUGUCGCCUUCACUGACACUGAAAGAUUGAUUGGUGAUGCUGCUAAGAACCAAGCUGCUAUGAACCCAACCAACACCGUUUUCGAUGCUAAGCGUUUGAUUGGUAGAAACUUCACUGACGCCGAAGUUCAAGGUGACAUGAAACAUUUCCCAUUCAAGGUUGUCGAUGUUGAAGGUAAACCACAAAUCCAAGUUGAAUACAAGGGUGAAACCAAAACUUUCACUCCAGAACAAAUCUCUUCCAUGGUUUUGGGUAAGAUGAAGGAAACCGCUGAAGCUUAUUUGGGUGGUGACGUUAAGGACGCUGUCGUUACCGUUCCAGCUUACUUCAACGAUUCUCAAAGACAAGCCACCAAGGAUGCUGGUACUAUCUCCGGUUUGAACGUUUUACGUAUCAUUAACGAACCAACUGCCGCUGCUAUUGCUUACGGUUUGGACAAGAAGGGUGCUGAAGAAAACGUUUUGAUUUUCGAUUUAGGUGGUGGUACUUUCGAUGUCUCUUUGUUAUCCAUUGAAGACGGUAUUUUCGAAGUUAAGGCUACUGCUGGUGACACUCACUUGGGUGGUGAAGAUUUCGACAACAGAUUAGUCAACCACUUCGUUCAAGAAUUCAAGAGAAAGAACAAGAAGGAUUUGACCACCAACUUGAGAGCUUUGAGAAGAUUGAGAACUGCUGCUGAAAGAGCUAAGAGAACUUUGUCUUCUUCUGCUCAAACCUCCAUUGAAAUUGACUCCUUGUUCGAAGGUAUCGAUUUCUACACUUCUAUUACCAGAGCUAGAUUCGAAGAAUUAUGUGCUGAUAUGUUCAGAUCCACUUUGGACCCAGUCGAAAAGGUUUUGACUGAUGCUAAAUUGGACAAGUCUCAAGUUCACGAAAUCGUUUUGGUCGGUGGUUCCACUAGAAUUCCAAAGGUUCAAAAAUUGGUUACUGACUUCUUCAACGGUAAAGAACCAAACAGAUCCAUUAACCCAGAUGAAGCUGUCGCUUACGGUGCUGCUGUCCAAGCCGCUAUCUUGACUGGUGACACUUCUUCCAAGACCCAAGACUUAUUGUUGUUGGAUGUCACUCCAUUAUCUUUGGGUAUUGAAACUGCUGGUGGUGUCAUGACCAAAUUGAUUCCAAGAAACACUACCAUCCCAACCAAGAAAUCCGAAGUCUUCUCUACUUACGCUGACAACCAACCAGGUGUCUUGAUUCAAGUCUUUGAAGGUGAAAGAGCCAAGACUAAGGACAACAACUUGUUGGGUAAGUUCGACUUGACCGAUAUCCCACCAGCCCCAAGAGGUGUCCCACAAAUCGAAGUUACUUUCGAUGUCGACUCUAACGGUAUCUUGAACGUUUCUGCCGUCGAAAAGGGUACUGGUAAAUCUAACAAAAUUACCAUCACCAACGACAAGGGUAGAUUAUCCAAGGAAGAUAUCGAAAGAAUGGUCUCUGAAGCUGAAAAGUUCAAGGAAGAAGAUGAAAAGGAAACUGAAAGAAUCGCUUCCAAGAACCAAUUGGAAUCUGUUGCUUACUCUUUGAAGAACACCAUCGGUGAAGCUGGUGACAAAUUGGAAGAAGCUGACAAAGAAACUAUCUCCAAGAAGGCUGACGAAGUUAUCGCUUGGUUAGACAGCAACACCACUGCUUCUAAGGAAGAAUUCGAUGACCAAUUGAAGGAAUUACAAGAAAUCACUAACCCAAUCAUGACCAAAUUGUACCAAUCUGGUGGUAUGCCAGAUGCCGGUGCCGCUCCAGGUGGUUUCCCAGGUGGUGCCCCACCAGCUCCAGAAGCUGAAGGUCCAACUGUCGAAGAAGUUGAUUAA